AUGGUACAGGUCGCUACAAACUUCAUUGCCGCGGGCGGCAACAGACAGCCCAACGCUGCCGACUGGGACCAGCACGGCUCCGGCUUGCUGGCUUAUGGCGCUGGAAACAACAUCGCUCUGUGGAAUCCCUUGGACCCUACAUAUCGCGGCAGCUACGCCGCACUUUCAGGCCACACCAAAAACGUCAACGUCGUCAAAUUCUUCCUUUCAUCAAAGUCUAAGGAGACCAUAAUUCUGAGCGGAGCCGCCGACAAUACCAUCAGGAUAUGGGCCAGCGAUGCUUCCUCCCCCACGGGCUUCCUCGAGAAGGCGGUGCUGACAGCACACACCGCGUCCAUCAACACCAUUACCGUGCUCCCCGACUCGGACAUCUUCGUCUCCGGCGCCGCCGACGCUACCAUCCGGAGCUGGAAGCUCGAGCCCAAAGACGACGGCUCCAUAAGCGCAGAGCUGCUCCAGACCAUCGACCUCAAGCAGGAGCCCAAAACCGCCUACUUCCCCCUCUCCGUCGCCCUCGCCCGCCUCUCUCCAUCCACCCUCAUCCUCGCCUCGGCGGGGACAAAGAACCACAUCCAAAUCUACGUCCAGCAGGCCCCUUCUUCACCAACCUUCACCCUCGCCGCCACCCUCAAAGGCCACGAAGACUGGAUCCGCUCGCUGACCUUCGCCCUCGAGCCGUCCACGUCCGAUCUCCUCCUCGCCUCCGCCAGCCAGGACAAGUACACGCGGCUGUGGCGCAUCCACGCGGGUGAGGAGCUACCCGCCGCGACGGCGGCCGUCGAGGCCGAGGUUGAUCCCGCCCUCGCAGGCAGCGUGCUCGGGCGCAGCCUGCACAACAAGGCGCACCGCAUCGCCGACGUGGACGGGUCGCCGUACUCGAUCACGUUCGAAGCGCUGCUGGUCGGGCACGAGGACUGGAUCUACUCGGCGCAGUGGAGGACCCAGGAAGCAGAGCAUGGCAGCACCAGCAGACUGCAGCUCCUCACCACGUCCGCCGACAACUCCAUCGCCGUGUGGGAAGCCGACCCGACGUCGGGCGUCUGGGUCAGCGUGACGCGGCUGGGCGAGAUCAGCGCGCAAAAGGGCGCAACGACGGCGACGGGCAGCGUGGGCGGCUUCUGGAUCGGGCUGUGGUCGCCCGACGGGCGGUCCGUCGUCUCGCUCGGCCGCACCGGAGGGUGGCGGUUGUGGACGCGAGGCUACCAGCACGGCCAAGGCAGCGAGAGCGAUGCCGUUGACGACGACCGCUGGACCCAACGCGUCGCCGUGACGGGCCACGUCCGCGCCGUCCGCGACGUCAAGUGGGCGCGCGACGGCUCCUACCUCCUGACGACGAGCGCCGACCAGACGACGCGGCAAUUCGCCCAGUGGAAGCGCCAUGACAGCAGCAGCAGCAACCAAACCGCCUCCUGGCACGAGUUCUCACGCCCACAGAUCCACGGCUACGACCUCAACUGCCUCGCGCCGCUCUCCACCCCCCUCCGCUUCGUCUCCGGCGCCGACGAGAAGCUGCUCCGCGUCUUCGACCAGCCCUCGGCCGUCGCCGAGCUCCUCUCGCAGCACUGCGCCAUCGACUCUACCGACGGAGCCACCGCCGCCGCCGCCGUCAAGCUCCCCGACGCCGCCAACAUCCCCGUCCUCGGCCUCUCCAACAAGGCCAUCGAAACCACCGACGACGACACGACCACCACCGACCUGACCGCCGCCGGCGCCGCCGCCAACGACGUCACAGCCGGCGAGACGUCCGCCCGCAAAGCCGUAGCAGUCCUCUCGCACCCGCCCACCGAAGACCACCUCUCGCGGCACCUGCUCUGGCCCGAAGCCGAGAAGCUGUACGGGCACGGCUACGAGAUCAGCAGCGUCGCCGCCGCCGCGAGCGCGGGCGACGUCGUCGCCACCGCGUGCCGCGCCACCUCGGUCGAGCACGCCGCCAUCCGCCUGUACGAGACGCGCGACUGGCGACAGGUCUCGUUCGACGCCGCCGCCGACCCGUCGUCAUCGGCUGGCGCGGGCGGCGGCGGCGAGCGCGUGCCGAGCAUGAAGCUGCACAGCCUGACGGUGACGGGGCUGGCGUUCAGCGGGCCGUCGUCGUCUCCGUCGGCGACGAGCGGUGGCGGUGACGCAACAGCAGCAGCAGGAGACGAGUACCUCCUCAGCGUCGGCCGCGACCGCGUCUUCGGCAUCUGGGGACGACAACGACGCGAAGGCGACUCCCCCACGGACGGCAAACAACAAACACAAACCACCCCGCAGUACACGCUCCUCCACGCCCAAGAAAAAGCCCACUCCCGCAUGCUCCUCGGCGGCUCGUGGGCACCACCCGCACCCGCAUCAUCAUCAUCACCAUCCCCUCGAUCCCGCGUCUUCGCCACCGCAGGCCGCGACUCCAAAGUCCGACUCUGGCGCCUAGACCCCACCUCUUCCUCUUCCACCUCCCCCUCCCCCUCCCCUUCCUCCCCCUCCGGCGACGGCGAUGGCGAGAAGAAGAAGAAUGCAACAAUCUCCAUCACCCACCUCACAACCCUCCCUUCGCCCAGCCCCGUCACGGCCGUGGCGUUCCAUCCGGACGUCGUCACCGCCAAGAACAACGACAACGACAACGACAGCGGCAGUUCCGCACACGUCGUCUUGGCUUUCGGCACGGAAAAGGGCGAGGUGCUAGUGGGACGGUUCGCUGCGGAUUUCGGGGACCUGGUUGGUGGCGAGGGAGGCGGGGGGCAGGAGGACGCGGGUGGUAGGAUGCAGGCGGUGGAGGGGGCGGUGGCGCCGAGCGAUGUUGUUAAUGCGUUGGCGUGGAGGCCGGUUGGUGGUGGUGGUGGUCGUGGUGAGUUGGAGUUGGCGGUGGGGAGCGAUGAUGGGAGCGUGAGGGUUUAUGGGGUGAGGACCUGA